UUCAAGCGAGUGCGUACGUGCCUUGGAUGAGACAGUCUUGUUCGAGAUGCUACAAUCCCAGUGUGAGUUUCGCUUCUCUUCAUUCGGAGCAAUUUCUUGGGGCGUAUCCUUGCAAUGGCUACAGAUAGUCCUGGCAAUGCAGACGGAACAACAACAAUUGCCUUACCCAGUGCUACAAUUUCAAGCGGGUGACAUUUUUUACGUUAAGUACUUUUCCUUGCAUUGGAUGGUGGCCUUGGAUGAUACGUUUUACUUUAAAAUGUCAGGGAACAACGACUAUACUGGUGAGAUCGUGAUUUCGAGGAUGGCUGCCGACGAGCUCGACGACCCAAAUAUUUUCGGGAUAUGGCCGGCCCCUCAAGAAAUAACGCCCGGCGUGAAGCUUAUCGGGGAGGUAGGCAUUGAUCUCGCUUGGCGCAUGCGUGGCAUGACACUCCAUUACGACUUCUUCAGAUGCAACUGCCGCCACUACAUCUACUACAUCCUCUACGGAACGCCCACACCCUUCGGAAAGCCGUGGAACCUAUUUAACCUACCGAUCGACCCACUGUGUCCUCUGGCGGAGAUACUCACCAAAGAUUCAAAAGUCAACCGUUCUAGUUUUCGUUUGAAGAAUGGACUGAAUAAGAGGAUAAAACUACCGAAUGAUAAAUACGACACAGAGAUCAAAGCAUCGUCUCGAACAAUGAACUCGCCACAACGGCUUCCUGGUUAUUCCAGUGGAAGCUCCGAUUAUUCCGGUGGAAGUGGAAGCCCUAAUUAUUAUAGUGGGAGCCCUUAUUAUUACACUGCAAACUCUGAGAAAUGAUCCGAAUAAGUAUUCUCAAAGAGUUGGCCUCCUGUCUGGAGUGAUACCGUAAGGUGCUAAGGUAGGACUAGCGUUGCAUGUAUGUAGUUUUUAAAGGGCUCCGUACUCUUGAUGGGUACCUGUCAUCCUUAAUAUGUUGGAACGCCUUCAAUUUCGUAUGGUACUGUGCAACACCUCUAUUGAGGAAUAGUUGCUUGAG